UUUGUUAAUGUUAGUGUUAACGUAACGUAUAAAACUACCCUCCCAACUGAACAUAAAAACCCUUUUUCCCUCUUCAUCUUCUUCCAAAUUCUCUUUGCUUCUUCAACUCGUAACGGCGUUUGAAGAGUUUCAAUCUACGUUCUUUUCACAGUCGUGAUUAUGGAGAUGAUUUUCAUUGAAAGACAAGAGAGGGGAACUGAAAUAUGACAUUCUCUACCCUGUAAUUGCAUAAGACAAAGAUGGCACACGUAUGUGGAGCAAGAUUUAUGUAGUAAAGGACGUUUAGGUUUUUCCAUAUAAUAGUUUUGGCACCGCAGGCCCAUCUGAAAUUAAAGAACUUAUUGCAAUGGAUUAUAGCUUGGCUAAUAAUUCUUCAUCGCCUCGUCCCAAAUGGAGAAAAGUAGCAUAUGGUGGUAUGCAACCUGGUUAUGAUGACAAUCAUACAGAUGAAUCUUUCCUUGAAGGAAUGGUCAUGAAUGCCAGUGUUGUAAAAAGGGACAUGCUAAAGGUGAUGCUGGACUCGGUAUCCAUUUCUGAAUAUUUAUGCAUUGUUGCUCUUGUUGUCUUGGUCUGGAUUUGUACACUUACAUCAACUAUUGAUGAAAAUUCUCUCCUGUUUAUUGAUGUAAGUCUUCUUUUUUCAGGGUUUUUAAUUCUCCUUUUCACUCAAGAAAUGCUUUCCCUUAGCCUCCUUCUCCAUUAUGUCCUUAAUAUCUCCUUUUUCAUAACUGUGUUAUAUGUUUUGGCUCCCAUCUAUCAAACUCUUACAAGGUCCAUUAGUUCGGAUUCCAUUUGGGCAGUGGCUGCAUCACUUCUAGUACUUCACCUUUUUCUGCAUGACUAUUCAGAAUCCACGGUCAAAGCACCUGGGGUUCUGAAGAAUCCUGCAUUGACAAGUUGUAUCUCAGUAAAUGCUUCUGUAGUGGCCUCUGUUUUUAUUGCUUCUCGUCUUCCAUCAAGACUACAUGUGUUCGCUAUCAUGCUAUUCUCACUGCAGGUUUUCCUUUUUGCUCCACUUGUUACUUACUGUAUUAAAAAAUAUUCCUUCCGCAUGCACCUAUGCUUUUCUAUCAGUUUGAUGGCCAUGACCUUAAGUUUUGUGUACAUGCUGCAUCGCCUCCUUUUUGUGGUGCUGCUUAGUCUGUUGGUUUUUGUCAACGUGGUCUGUCCUUAUUGGCUUAUAAGGAUUCAGGAGUACAAGUUUGAGAUCAAUGGACCUUGGGAUGAGGCUAAACUUUGUUUUGAUAUUACCGACUGAAACCUGGAGCAUGGUUAAUAAUGUUACAUGGUAGUACCUCGUGUGUUGUUUAGGUUGGAGUAUAAUUUGCUGACCACUUGAACUAGUUUUAAGUUUUAACUUUAUAGUUUAUGGGAAAGUUGUUGCAGUUCAUGUUUGGGGAGGGUGGGAAACUGAUGAUUGUAUUCAUGCUUUAGAGAAUGAUAACUAAUGACGGUUUACAAUUUUUUGUGUACAAUGGAAGUACAUUCACGAUUUAGAGUGUCAUUCAUUUUUGACAAAUUCAAACCAACUUGUUUUGAUCCCCUUUUCACUACAUUUUCUCAGAGAAAUAAAUAAAUUCCCAAGCGCAUUAGAUCUUAACAUGUUAGGUGUGUUGCUUAUACCUGAUAAUUUAAAAGAAUGUUGGUACAGAAUGAUGUCUCGUGUAUUUUGAGGUUAAAACAAGUAAUGGUUCAUAAAUUUGAAGCCAUAUGUUUUCUCCGACUCUUGUAUAUACUUUAAACAAGUGCACUUCCCAAACACAGCAUCACAUGACAGUGAUUUGCAGCGUUACCAACCAAUAGAUUAGAAUGAUGAGGAGAUUGCAAAACACUAGUAUAAGCUUCUCAUUAUUGUAUCAUUUAUGUAUGUAUUGGAUAGAUAAGAUAAAAAAGAGAGAAGAAAUUUGUUCCAUAAAAAGUGAGAAUAUUUAUUUCCAUAUUUGUUAGGAAAUUAUAGAAAGUGACCUUUCUGUACGAUCUUUAUUUCCACAUCAUUAAGGAAGUGAAAAAGUUACCUUUCUAUGAGAAUGCGGAAAGUUAUUUUUAAAGAAGGGGUACUUUCUGGGGGCUUCAGGAUGCAUAACAGAUUCUGGGCGACAGUGAUGGUAACGCAUGCGUUCUUGGACCAGUGGAUUGGAAUGCGCAGAAGGUUUUCGUAGAGUAUUUUUCGAGAUUUCUCCCAAGGUAAGAACCGUGUAUG